UAUAUCUUAAUCCAUUCAUCUAUGGAUGGACACUAGGGUUGCUUCCAUAUCUUGACUGUUGUAAAUAGAUAAGUUUGUAUUGUUUUAAGCUAUUAAACUUUGUGGUAAUUUGUUACAACAAGAACAAACUAAUACACCUAUAUAUUUAUAAAUGUGUUUUUCAUUAAAGUCAAUCUGAUUACAAAACAACAAUAAAAGUCAGAAUGCCUAACAUCCUUAAUGAGACUCUUUUAAAGAAUAAUAAUUAUGUAGUUCUUCUUGCUAUAAAUGCACAACAAAGAUGGUAUUAUAUGUGCUAUAUUUUUUCCAAAUAAAUAAUAUUUUCCCUCUUUCAAACAAUUUUCCAGUAGAUGCCUCUUGAAUCUUUAGGAUUGAACUGAUCUCACAUUCUUAUAAAUCCUUCCAACAUAAGAUGCUGCACUUUCCUCAUUGAUUAUAAUUAAUUUCACUGACCAUUGUGAUAAUAUAAUUCACAUUUCCUAAAAAUCGGACUAGUUCACAUCAAACUUUGAAAUUAGCCACUGUUUGAAAAAUGAAGCUUUUAGCUCUUUGGAUACUUCUAGACCCAAGCAUCCAUAUUAAUCAUAUAAAAUAAUACAUAUCCCAUAAAAUUUACUACAAAAAGAAGGAUUUUGGGGGGCACCUGGGUGACUCAAGUCAGCUAAGCGUCCAGCUUCAACUCAGGUCAUGAUCUCAAAGUUCAGGAGUUCAAGCCCUACGUUGGCCUCUGCACUGACACUGUGGAGCCUGCUUUGGAUUCUUCAUCUCCCUCUCUCUCUCUGCCCCUCCCCCACUUGUUCUCUCUCUUUCUUUCUCUCUCUGUCUCAAAAAUUUAAAAAGAAACAUUUGUCAUGAUUUUUAUGAAUUUUUUGUCAUUCGCUUUGAUAAUACAGCAGAUACAUGUACAGGUCUGGGGAUGUUUAUACCACACCUAUAUUAUUAAGAUUAAGAUGUCCAAGAAAGCAUCUUCCUUCAAAUUGGCAGGUAGAAUUGGGGGUGGAGGAGUGAGGCAUGAGGAGUCAGAGACUGAGCAAAGUAACAAAGGCACACAUUAGGAAGGACAGUGAACAUGGGGAAUUAGAACCCAAGUAAUAUGAAAAGAGCAUCCAUGCACAGGUUGGCCUAACAUACCAGUCUUACUGAAGAAUGCCUUUUUUGAAAAUCAAAACAUUCAGAUUAAUUGCUUCUCCUCUUGUCUCUGCAUAGACUAGAAGAAUGAAAGGGGAAAGGCUAAUAUAUGGUUGGAUCGUUAAUUUGUUCAGCAUGUGUUUUAAAUUUCCAUUCUGUGCUUCUGUACUCUAAUUACUGAGAAAUAUAUAUGAGUAAAGAGACAGUUGCUGCCUGAGUAAAAACUCAGGAUCCAGAUUAAGAGAGGAGAUAUACUUAAUUCUGACCGUUAAAGGAGUAUUCCAUGUUUGCUUUCAACUAAUACAUGCUAACCCAUUUUGAGUUCAGAGUUUGGGGACAUUGGUAUGGCAUUUCAACAAAAGCUUCUUUAUGAGUUUAAAAUGAAAAGAGAACAGUUUUAUUUUUUUGCAUUUGUUUAAUUUCUGCCUCCUGUUUCUUUGGGAUAUAGUAUUAGGGGCCAGCAAGCUGUAGCCUGCAGGCUGCCAGUGUGUUUUUGUCAAUAAAGCUUUAUUGGAACACAACCAUGCCCUUUAUGUAUAGUCUUUGGCUGCUUUCAUGCUGCUGUGGCAGGAAUGAAUAGUUGCAACAGAGACUGUAUUUGCCCACAAACUAAAAUAUUUACUAUUUCAUCGUUAAAAAAAGUUUGCUGGCUCUUGGAUUAGAAUACUACAAAUAAUUUUAAAGGUUCAGAAAUUAAUUUUUCAAGCUAAAUGUAAGUCUGUGUAAACUCUUUUAGGCAUUCACUUUUCUUUUUGUUCUCAUUCGUAGUACCAUUUUUUUCUCUGGCCACCAGUCAUCUAUUAAUCCAUUCAGUAUAUUUGACUGACUGUUAUGUGCAAGAUAUUGAGGAUACAUUGAUCAAGGCAGCUACAGCUUUUGUUUUAGUGGUGUUUGUGUUUUAAUGAGGCAGAUGUCAUUGAAAUAUUUAGUGAACUCAUUAACUAUCUUCAGGUAAUAAGAGGGGAAAGUGCUGCAGAGGAGAAUUACUAAGUAUGAAAGUAUGUUAUUGGAAAACCUGGUCUAGUGUGGGUGUUAGGUAAGGCAUUUUUUGGAAAUGAUAUUUGAGCUAAGUUGUCCUAGGGUAAAAAGGGUAUAAUAGUUGCAAGAAUGUUAUGUGUUUUAGUAAACAGCAUAUGGGAAGGCCUUAAGGCAGGAAGGGAUUAUGGAAUAUUUGAGGAACCAAGAGAAGGCUAGUAUAGCUUGAGCAGUGGCACAGAAGGGUGGAGUGGCAGGAGAGGAUGCUGUGAGUAUAGAGCUUUUAUAGAGUUCAGAGGAUUUGGAUGUGUGUCCUAAAAAUUGAAAGGGAAUUAUUGGAGGAUUUUAAGCCUGAAAGGGACAUGACUCAAUUUACAUUUACAUUAAAAAAGUGCUCUGUAUGGGGGUGCCUUGGUGGCUCAGUUGGUUGAGCGAUUUCAGCUUAGGUCAUGAACUCACGGUUCAUGGGUUUGAGCCCAGAGUCAGGUUCUGUGCUAACAGCUCAGAGCCUGGAGCCUGCUUCGGAUUCUGUGUCUCCCUCUCUCUCUCUGCCCCUCCCCAGCUUGUGCAUGUGUGUGCGCACGGUCUCUCUCUCAAUAAUAAAAAAAAGUUGCAAAAAAUUAAAAAAGAAGGCUCUGUAUAAAGAUUGAAUUAGAAAGGAACAAGGCAAGAUGCUGGAAGCUACUACUGUUUCCUGAAGGAUGCUAGUGGCUUGGGCUAAAGUGGUGGCAGAGUGAAGAUUAGAGGUGUGGGUGAUUUUGAAAAUAGGUUUAGAGGGUACACUUGGCAAAAUUCCAUUACUUGCUGACUGUAGAGAAGUCAGGUGUCACCUUCUUACUAUUAGAAGCUAUGACUGAGGAGUGCCUGGGUGGCUCAGUCAGUUAAGCUUCUGACAUUGGCUCAGGUCAUGAUCUGAUAUGGGUUGAGCCCUGCAUCGGUCUCUGUGCUGACAGCUGAGUCUGGAGACUGCUUCGGAUUCUGUGUCUCCCUCGCUCUCUUCCCCUCCCCCAGUCACUCUCUGUCUUUCUCUCUCUCUCUCUCUUUCUCUUCCAAAAAUAAGCAUUAAAAAAAAAAAAACUAAAAAAAUUGCGUUAAAAAAAGUUAUGACUGAUACUGUUGGUUCUAUUCAUUCUGCCAAAAUCAUCCUAAAUUGCUGGUUUAAUUUGGUAUUUGUUGUUUUUCUCAUUCCUUGUAGUGUCAAGUCUAAACUCCUUUGUGGAGUGUUGUCAUCUUAUACUGGUCUGUCUGGUUGCCUUUUUUUUCCCCCUUAAUGUUUAUUUAUUUUGAAAGAGAGCGCGCACGUGUGCAUGUGGGGGAGGGGCAGAUAGGGAGAGAGAGAGAAUCCCAUGCAGGCUCCACGCUGAGCACAGAGCCCAAUGUGGGGCUUGAUCUCAUGACCGUGAGAUCAUGACCUGAGCCCAAAUAAAGAGUUGGACACUUAACCAACUGAGCCACCCAGACACCUUGCCUGAUUGCUUUUAAUCUACUACUACUUAUUUUAAAUAUACGUGAUAUUUCAUUAUCUCUCUCAUCACCUCUUUUAGGUUUCUGGCACUAAGUAAGGGCUUAAUAUAUACUUGUUGAAAUGUGUGUUAUGAUUUAAUUUGAGAUAAACAGAAAACUUAAAGUUACCGUUUAAUACUAUUCAGUACUUUUCCUUUUACAUUGUGACAUAACCUAUUUACAAAGUAAGUUUCUAACGUACCACGUGUCAUAAUAGCAAGGUGCAAGGAACUAAAAAUGUGACAUUAGCAUGGAUGUCAUAGUGGAGGGACAGCUUUCAGAAAGUUGAGACCGUCUUAAUAUAGUAGAAUUCUUCAAGUAUGUUUUGACAAUCGUAAUCUCAGCAUGGAGAUCUCAAAAUGAAACAGAUAUUCUGAAUAAUCUUGAAUCAUGUGACCUUGAGGAUGAUGACCUUAUGCUUGAUGUGGAUCUGCCUGAGGAUGCACCUCUUGAAAAUGUGGAAUGUGACAAUAUGAACCGUUUUGACCGGUCAGACAGAAAUGUUCGGCAGUCUCAGGAAGGAUUUUGGAAAAGGCCACCCCAGAGGUGGAGUGGACAGGAGCAUUAUCAUCUCAGCCAUCCUGACCACUAUCAUCACCAUGGAAAAAGUGACUUGAGCAGAGGCUCUCCCUAUAGAGAAUCUCCUUUGGGUCAUUUUGAAAGCUAUGGAGGGACCCCCUUUUUCCAGGCUCAGAAGAUAUUUGUAGAUGUACCCGAAAAUACAGUGAUACUGGAUGAGAUGACGCUCCGGCACAUGGUCCAAGAUUGCACUGCUGUAAAAACUCAGUUACUUAAACUGAAGCGUCUGCUGCAUCAGCAUGAUGGAAGUGGUUCAUUGCAUGAUAUUCAGCUAUCAUUGCCAUCCAGUCCAGAACCAGAAGAUGGUGAUCAAAUAUAUAAGAAUGAAGAUUUAUUAAAUGAAAUAAAACAACUUAAAGAGGAAAUAAAGAAAAAAGAUGAAAAAAUUCAACUAUUAGAACAUCAGCUUGCAACUCGGUGUAACUGCCACCAAAAAUUUAAAGAGGAAAAAUGCACAUAUGCUGAAAAAUAUACUCAAACACCCUGGAGAAGAAUUCCUCCUCAAGUACUACAGCCUUCCAGCAGCCUUCCCAGACCCACAGACCACGCCCAGGGAAAACUAAUAAAGCCGCAACAUAUCGAGGCCCACAGUGAAUGCACAAGCCAGGGCAUACAUCAGGUUGUUGCACAUCUGGAUGAAAGCUUUACACAUGGCUUACAACAAGAAAACAACUAUAGUCUGGAAGACCGGCCUUUUUCGUCAAGCCCACAGUUCACUGAGGAUGUGGCUAAGAUUACACCUUCUGAAGCAGACUUGAACAUGACCAUGAAUGCUCAAGAGCCUUAUCAUUCGACCAAUAAUCAAAUUAGUGACAUGCAAUUUGUACCCACUUCUCUUCAGACACUUCCCCAGUCAAGUACAGUAGACCAGGCUAUAAGAGUUGGAAGAAAUCAGUCUUCACUGGAGGGCUACACAUCCCAGCCCAAGUCCUUACCGCUUUUUAAGCCGUCCAUCUCAAAUUCUUUGGUACCUCCUCCAGUUUCUGAAUCAUCUUCAAGUAGAACUCCCACUUGUAAAAAGUCACCAAUAAUCACACCAUGCAAUUCAUCAAAAUUGCAGCCAACAUCAAGUCAAACAAAUCUUGCAAGUAAUUCAAAUCCAAAAGCAUCUAGGCUCCGCCCCCCUUCCUGCUCUUUUAGACAAAAACAAAUAAGCAACUCCCAACCAGAGCCUCAAAACUUCCAGGCCAAGACAAGCAUCCCAAGGCCACUAACAAGAAGAAAAGAAAUCAUGCAGAAUCUGAAUGGCAGUUUGAAUUCUGGGGAUUGUUUGGCCUCUAACCGAUAUUCCCGUCUUCCUAAACCAAAGAUACAUUAAGUGCAUAGCCAUCACCUGCCAAUUUGUUUUUAAAAACAAUCUGUUCUGUAAUAGCUUUACAUGUAAUUUGCUACUAUGAUGGAGGUUCCAUUGAAAGCUUGCAAAUCUUAAAAAAUUAAAACGUGGAAGUUUCUAAUAGUUUGGCUCUUCCAUUUUAUGUCCUGGUUGAAGUACACAGCAUUUGAGCAUAUUUGUCUCAGGUAAACACAAAAGUUUGCUUACCCAUUUCAGAGGCCUACAGAAGGCUCUAAUCAUGUUAUCUAUCCCUCUGCACAUCAGAAAGUUCAUAAUAUUCCACUUAGCAGGCAAGAAAUGUGCUUUGUUCAUUUAGUCCUUCCAAGGUCUGUAUUAAUUGUGGUUCUCGGAGCCUCACCCUUUUUCAUUUGUCCCUCUUGUGAAUAUGGUUACUGUUUUAACUAAUGAUACAGUGAUAACUGAAGAUGGUAGUCUGUAAGUAAAAUUCUGGCCAGUGAUUUGUAUAUUCAAAAGGUCUAUGCAAAAGCUUUGUGAUGAAUAAAAGAGAUCAGGCUUUUAAUGGAAAGUCUAUGUAAGUUUUAUUUUUCCUUGCUAGGAUCAGCCAGCUAGUCUCAUUAUUUAUUUAUUUACCAAAUUCCCCUGGUUAAAAACGUUUCAUAUGCUGUAAAAAUCAAUUAUAUUUUGCAUUAGCAUCUUGUUUUACAUAUACACACAUACACACCAUUUGUGUUUGUUUUUGCUACUCGUAAAUUUUGGAAAGCUUGGGUUACAUCUUGAAGCCUAUACCUAAAGACAUUCAUUUUGUAACAUGUGUUGGUGCUAGAGAGUUUUGCUGGUAAUUCAGUUUUGAAUCCUAUAGGGUUAUGGAUCCAUGAUAGCUGAUUUAAGGUUCCACAGUCUAUAUUUUAAAUUAAGUCUUUAUUAUAAUAAUUAUAUUUAUUGACUUUCUGCUAUUAUCUGAAGACUGGAAUAAUGGACUUGAAAUGUUUGCACAAACCUUUGAUGAGAUAUAAAUACACCACAGAUAGGGAUUGAAACUAUUUUCUAUAACAAAACAGUUAAAAUAUUUUGAGAGUAAUUAUAAACUUAAGUAAGACUAUCUUGAGAAAGCUGGAAUUCUUAAUAGUUUUGUUGUUGUUGUUGUUGUUGUUGUUGUUUUUCCUGAGCUUUCCAGGUUUCCCUUUUAUGUUGGCAUGUUUGAGUGGCAGUUUCUUGAAAAGUAGAUUUGGGAUGAAAAAUGGAAUUGGAGAGGGGACACUGUGUUUUACUAAAAGGUGUUAAAAGCUUUUUUAAUGUUCUAGGAAGGUAGCUGUGGAACCGCCAAGGGACCAUAUGCACUAACCUAAUCAUGCUGCGGGCUACUCGUCAAAUGGCUCAGUAAAUUUGCCCUCUGUUCUCCCAAAUCAUGUCAUCUUUAGGCUGUUCACCUAUUGCUGCUUUAAUUAGAAUUAAUGUCUUUCAGACGGAUAGACUUUUACAAAGUCAAUUUUUGUUGUGAUCAGCUGACCAAAAAUGUAUCUCAAGGCAUUAUGAUCAAAAAGUCACUCAAAGUUCUGGGGACUUUGUUAAAAAAACAUACACUGGUGAAAUUGCCCUUUUUACGAAAAACAACAGCAAGUGCUUUAGUGGAAAUUUCACACGAGCUGUUAACUGUCAUUUACCUAUCAGAGGACCAUUCAAGUGAAUUUGCCGUUCACUGGAUACAAAAACCAUUCUUGAACUUGGUAACAGGUGAGCAGCCUUUGACAGCACUUCUGUCAGAGAAGCACUAAAGUUCAGGAAGGUUUUCACAUAGUCCAGAUUGUUAGUGUAAAGUACUUAGAGGUAUCAGCAAAGCUCUUUGUUCACAGAGACAAGAAGCAAUGGCUGACAGCUGUAAGUAGGUACAUGUGGUGUUUUAUCUUGAAGGAGAAAGAAAACUGAUCUCGUAUAUUGCAAAUAGGAUGUUAUUACACUAUAUUUUUCUAAAGUAAAACACUGAGGAAUUGGUUUUGGUUUAUUUAGAAGUUGGUGUAGACUCUUGUGAAACAUUUACAAGUAGGCCUUUAUCUUUAAGGGGAAAGUUUAAAACUUUCACUUUAUUUUUAACCCCCUAGUCUGAGGGAAAUAUCUUUGUUACAUAAAAGUGUUGACUCCUGCAAUUUGUUAAUUCCAGUCUUUUUCCUGCUCUAUUUUUUCUCUCUGAUGAAUAUACAUAAAAAUUAAUCCAUCCGUUUAUCAGUUUCUCUGAACUUGUGUUGAGCCUCAGUCUUGGCUCAUCAAUAUCAUUAUGAAGCAUAAUAGAUUUAAGAGGAAAAACAUCUAGGAUGCUUGUACAAAACAAGUUUUGCCUGCAGUUUUCUUUUAAAAACUGCAUGAAUAUUUCUUUAAAAACUGCUCCUUAUUGGUAAAUGUUAAGUCAGAAAUGAGGUGAGGAUGUAACUCACCUGAAUAAUCAGGGAUCAUUCUCAGAUUUGGCUUGAUCUCUGUUUAGUGCUUCUCUAAGUCAGCUCUGUGCCAAAUCCUCCUCCGUGGGAACUCAGAUUACUUUUUCUCUGAGUUCUUACGAUUUUGGUGAAGAUGGCUGCAGUAUAUGAGUUGUAAAUCCUAAAGGAAAAGUUUUAUGGGGGUUGGUUAAGUUUCACAUUUGUGAAAGAGAAAAUAGAGCAUGUAGAAUUAGACAUUUGGCUGUUGAUGGGAUGCAUAUCAAAUUCUUUAGAGAAAGCUUAGCCUAAGGAGUUAAUCAGUACAGGUGCAGAUGAUUUUAAGGCAUUAAACAAAGGAUUAUAUAGUUAUAUCAUUUAGAAUGUUUCUAAUAACUGAGACCCUCUAGCAUUUUUCUUUUGGAGUCUCAUUUUAAUUUGUGCAAUAUUUUCAGGCAUAUAGACUACUGUUCAUUGUAUUUAUAUAGAUGUUAGGGAACUUACUAAGUAUUUUAACAAGUAAAAAUCUGAAUAAUGAGAGAAAGUAUCAGAUUUGCACUUUAAAUGAGCUUAAUUGCUUGGAGUUGUGCCUGAAAUAUCGAAAUGCCUCCUAUUGGGCGUGGCUUUCUUUGUUGAAAUGAAUUUCUCUAUAAUUGUUGCUGUUUGAAGUACAGCCUUUCACAGAAUUAUAUCCUCAGCAUGUCACUUUACUCAUUAAAGCACUAAGUUCUUUGAAUGUUUCAUGGUACCCUUAAGUAUUUUACUCAGUACAUCAAAGAGAACACCCAACCCAUAGCUGUCACCUCUGUGUCUUCCUGUAACACAGAUGGUUGUUACAGACACAGAAGUGCACUUUUCAGUUCUGAGCAGAGUUGUCAUGAUGGUUUCCUGGUCUCUGGGGCACUGAAGAUGUAAUUUGGAGUCACCAACUAGGUCUACAAUGAAAUUCAGUAAGACUGCAGCAUAGUUCAGUUUACUUUUCAUCUUACACAAUAGUUUUCGUGUUUAUAAAUUAGUUCGGGUGGUUAUGUUUGCAUGCUAAUGCACACAUUUGAAAAUUAAUUAUAGCUGUAAUACAAAUACCUGAUGUUUUUCCUUGAGGAUGAUGGCAUUGCUAUUUUUCUUAAUUCUGAUGCUUGAAUUAUUAUAUUUUCUAAUAUUCCUUCCACACCUCCCUUCAAUUUUUCUGCUGCAGCAGUUUGAAAGGAUACGUUUGGAUGAAUGAUUCUAAUGGUGGGCGCCAAUCUACAACUAUGCUAUUAAUUAAAGAUACGUCAUAUAUUUUAACUGUCUUGGGGAAAAGCUAUCCACUUUCUCCUUGUUAGAGCAUCACCAUAACAAGAUAAUACUGACCCUAAGAAUUUAAAGUCUAAGUCAUUGCUAACUAAAAACAAAAACAUCACAGUCUUGAAUAUCUGCAGUAUUGUUUUUCCCAUUGAUUUUAAAAACAAAUUUCAGAGUAAAUACUGUAUAUUAGAAUUUGCUUGUAAAAUGAAUUAUAAAAACUGGAUGUAAAGUCUCUUUCCUGAAAAUGUUGGCAUAGUAAAUAAAAAUAAAGUUCAUAAUUAUAAAA